AUGCUCUUGAAACGAGGCGAAAUAGAGUCAGAGUCAGCUCUACAUCCUCAAGACACACCGAUGGGUAUCGAUAUUGCCAAGCAUCACGUCAGGAAGAGCUACCGUACCGCUCCGAAGAGCGAAGAUCCAUAUCUCGCUUUGCUGGUCAGGCUCUAUCGGUUUCUUGCGCGACGAACGAAUUCCAAGUUCAACCAGAUCGUUCUCCGCCGUUUAUUCCUCUCCAAAACCAACCGUCCUCCCGUUUCGCUCAAACGAGUGUCAUUGACAGCCAGAAACUCUUUUGCCGAAGGCAAAAUUCUUGUCGCCGUUGCCACCAUUACCGACGAUGAACGUUUGUUCUCCGUUCCAAAAAUGACUGUGGCUGCUCUUCGUUUCACCCGAUCAGCAAAGGAGCGCAUUCUUGCUGCUGGUGGUGAAACCUUGACGCUCGACCAGCUUGCUCUUCGCGCUCCAAAAGGCUCAAACACUCUGAUCCUCCGUGGUCCCAAGGACAGGCGUGAAGCCGUCAAACACUUUGGCAUGGGCCCCCACAAGCACAAAAAGCCAUACCUUAUUUCCAAAGGUCGCAAAUUUGAGCGCGCUCGUGGUCGGAGAAAGUCUCGUGGCUUCAAAGUGUAAAGUGCACUUCGACAUUGACAAUGUGUGGGGCGAGCUGGAUGUUCAUCGAAGGCUUCACAUCCGAACUGACUGUGGACUGGAUGAUAAUAUGUUUUUACGCGUCCGUUAUGCGUUAUCUUCACAUGUCAAUUAUCUAUGUGUACGCUUCGCCUGACCAUGUUUUCGUUGCGCUGUUAUUGCCCGGAAUUAACCGUGGUGCAAGUGCGAUAUUUUGCAUCUGAUUUCCCACGUAUAUAUGUGGUUCUUGGAACGUGU